AUGCCUGACGAGAUCAAGAUGAAGGUUCACGACCAGUUGUCGACGAACUAUAACUUAGAGGACCUCAACGAGAAGUCGUUGGCGUACGUCAACAGACUCUUUGGUGAGAGGUACAAGCAGUGGAAGAGCGACUUGCACCACCAUUUUCAGGCGUUUGAUGAUCCGGAAGUCGCUCUUCGGGAGGGUUGCCCGAAGGAGCUUGAGGGGCGGGAGGAUAGUUGGGCAUGGCUCUGCACUCAUUUUCAGGCGCCCGAUUAUGUGAAUAAAACCCAUGUGAAUAAGGGCAAUAUGAAGAAGAAGACUCUUCUCCACCAUUCCGGCUCUAGGCCCUUCUCAUAUAGGAUGGAUGCACGGCGGUGGACGACGAUGGUGGAGAGGAGCCAGUUGGUUCUUCAGGAGUCUGCCUCUCAACUUCCUCCCGAGACUCCGAUCGAGUCUGUGGAUCCUCCACAGGAUGCUGGAUUUCAAAUCUUUACGGAGACGUUGGAUCAGACUCUCGGGAGGAGGCCGGGAACAUAUUGUAGAGGGAUGGGGAAUGCCCGACAGAGGGAACCUCGACCCCGAUCAUCAUCGCAGGCAAACAGUCAGGUGACUGUUUUGACAUCGCGGGUUGCCGAGCUUGAGGGUCAAAUGUCGGUGAUUCUGCAGUCCCUCGCACAGUCAGGCAUUCCAAUCCCGAAUUUUGGUGCGUCGACAUCCGAGACUGUCCACCCCAAGCAUCCCUAG